AUGGUUCUGGAUACAGAAGACUGGGCUGAUGAGCUCCCACCAGAACAGAUUGCCGUCCUCCGCAAGGCGUUCGAUGGCUUCGACCACAACCGCUCUGGCAGCAUCCCUUGUGACUUCGUAGCUGAUAUCUUGCGUAUGAUGGGUCAACCCUUCAACAAGAAAAUCCUUGAAGAACUCAUCGAGGAAGUCGAUGCUGACAAAUCUGGUCGUCUUGAAUUCGGAGAAUUCGUAACGCUAGCUGCCAAGUUUAUCGUGGAAGAGGACGCUGAAGCUAUGCAGAAAGAACUUAGAGAAGCAUUUAGGUUAUACGACAAGGAAGGCAACGGUUACAUUCCCACAUCGAGCCUACGUGAAAUCCUUCGCGAAUUGGAUGAGCAAUUAACGGAAGACGAGCUUGACGGUCUCAUUCAAGAAAUCGACACUGACGGCAGCGGAACAGUAGACUUCGACGAAUUCAUGGAGAUGAUGACCGGAGAAUAA